GCGCUCGCAACUGGCGGCGGCCGAGCUUCCAGCUUCCGAGGAGAAAGCGCCCGCUUCUCGGCGAAGGGAGCAAGGCCACGCGGACUACGCGGCGGAGUGGGAAGUGGCCCAGAGCCUCCCGCGGUGCACGGCGGCCAGCCCUCCUUAUAGCCUGGAAAAAAUGACAGAUCUUGUAGCCGUUUGGGAAGUUGCUUUAAGUGAUGGAGUCCAUAAAAUUGAGUUUGAACAUGGGACCACAUCAGGCAAACGAGUGGUAUAUGUAGAUGGGAAGGAAGAGAUAAGAAAAGAAUGGAUGUUCAAACUAGUGGGCAAAGAAACCUUCUGUGUUGGAGCUGCAAAGACAAAAGCAACCAUAAAUAUAGAUGCUGUCAGUGGAUUUGCGUAUGAGUAUACUCUGGAAAUUAAUGGGAAAAGUCUCAAGAAGUAUAUGGAGAACAGGUCAAAGACCACCAAUACUUGGGUAUUACAUUUGGAUGGUGAGGACUUUAGAGUUGUGUUGGAAAAAGACACUAUGGACGUGUGGUGCAAUGGUAAAAGAAUGGAGACAGCAGGUGAGUUUGUAGAUGACGGGACUGAAACUCACUUCAGUGUUGGGAACCAUGACUGUUACAUAAAGGCUGUCAGUAGUGGGAAGCGGAAAGAAGGGAUUAUCCAUAGUCUCAUUGUGGAUAAUAGAGAAAUUCCAGAGAUUCCUGAAUGACUUCAUGAUAGUGAAUUUUAAUCUUAAGAGAGAGAGAGCACAUGAACCAGGGGAGGGGCAGAGGGAGAGAAUCUCAAGCAGAAUCCGUGCUGAGCACGGAGCCUGAUGCGGGGCUCGAUCUCACAAUCCUGAGAUCAUGACCUGAGCCGAAACCAAGAGUCAGAUGCUUAACCGACUGCACCACCCAGGUGCCCCUAUCUUCAUGUAUUUUUAACUUAUGGAGGUAGAUUGUCUCUUUAGUUUAAAGCAGUUGGUACAUAAUAUGAUUAGUUUAACUGGAGAAAAUGAGAAACAUUUUCUGUCUGGAAACUUUAAUAUUAAAU